AGGAUUUUGUUUGCCAUAAUGCUCGAGGGGAAGAUGCGGCUUUUCUUGUGCAUGCUAGCGGUGAGCGCUGUGGGAGCGACAUCUAGUGAGAAGAGGCAUUCCGGAGAAGACAACGACAUCUAUAUCGACGAUCACGCGAGUCUCGUCCGUUCUGGUCCAGCAAAUUCUGAAGAAUACGCUGAUGGACCUUCGCAAUACGCCAUCGCUUACGAGCCCCCGAGGUACAACUACAACUGGGCAGUGAACGACGACUAUUCCAGCAACUACCAGCAAGUGGAAGAGGCCCGGGACGGGGAGCGAACCCACGGGUCCUACCGGGUGCUGCAACCCGACGGGGUUUACAGGACUGUGGUCUACAACGUCGACGGGGACCAGGGUUUCAACGCGGAUGUCCGCUAUCAAAGGGACUCUCAUCACAACAGGGCUAAAGCCUAUCGCCAAGAGUAUGAAGAACAAAGUGGUUCCGAAGAAGCGCACGAAGGGGAAGUCCCUUUCAACCCACAGGUUCGUCCAGUGACCCCAGCAAAGAGUGAGAAGAAUGACAAGAAUGAGAAGACUGAAAGUGUGAACUCAAUUUCUGAGAAUGACGAACAAAUUGAGGUGAAGACUGUGGACUCUAUCCAAGAGGUAAUCAAGGCAAUAAGGGAACAAGAAGAGAAGGAGGCUGCUGAAGAAGCUGCCAAUCCACCAUCUUUCACUCAGCAGCAAUUGGCAUUGUUCAGACCU